AUGCUUCAAUUUACUCAAAUUGAAAUUCCACUGGUUAUAGCUGCACGUAUUUUUGAUCGUCCCAUAAAUAAAUUGUCCAUAAAAGAAUUAAAUGAUGCUUUACAUGGUAGCAAAAAAGGCAUGAUUGGAUGUCAUUGGAUUUAUGCAACAGUUAAAAGUGUUUGA